AUGCGCGUUCAACUUCCUCCUGAACUCUACGCGGACAUUGUGGAUGCGUUAUGCGACUCCCAAUCCCUCAUGGCAUGCAGCCGCUCCGCAUCCGUCUUCCGAUACCCGUGUCAAAAACGGCUGUACUCCCAACUUGAUAUCGGGCCAGGGAGACAUUUCGCUCAGGCUGGCUUUAAAUCAUUCUCUGCCUUCCACGCGCAUCUUGUCAGCUUUCCGCACCUGGCCCGUCUAUGCACCGCCCUGACUAUCCAACUCCCCGCCAAUCAGACGGUCUGGGCGCUAGAACAGUCUUUCGCUGAGCGUGUGCUCCUACGCCUCGUCAACCUCCAUGGCCUAACGCUCAGGUAUAAAUUCGGCCGCCCGGCAGAAACACCUGGGACAUUUGUUGUUGGAGUAGUUCGCUGGUGGGUGGAUGGUUUCCAAACACACCCACAGCUCAAGAAAUUAACACUUUCCUCCUUUGACAUCACGGAAAGUCUCUUUACACAUUGUCUCGGUAUGGCUCGACAGCUCGAGUUCAGGAGUGUUCGCCUCGAGCCUGAGGUCCCCGAAGAAGAGAGGAUCGUCGCGCCAACGUCAACUCCACCGCCACCAACCAAGCAGCUGACUAAGCUGCUCUUUGCGAACAGCCGUACUCUUGUUAGUCAAUUGGUCCAACCUUCCUUUGCGCACUACCUGCAGCACGUGACAGAGCUCAGUUACAGCUAUGUUGUUCACCAGGACUCCCCUGCGCUUAGGUUGUGCUCUCUGCUUGCGCCAACGCUUGAGCGGCUUGAUUGUAGUUUUAUCUCCCACCAAGAUAUAGACGCAAUUCUCCCGGCAUCUCUACCUUGUUUGCGCGAACUCCGACUCGAGGUCGAGUCCCUUAACCUGUCGCCGGUGUUGAUCCGGCUGAUCGCCGCUCGCGGCGCACCCGCGCUGGUAACUCUUCGACUAUACCUCAACUUGGAUCCGGUCGGAUCCAGACAAAAAAGCCUUGAAUCCGUGUUCGACGACCAAAGCGAGCAUUUCGCUGCGCUUGACGAUGCGCUGGCUGCACACCCCACGCUUCGGCUGGUUGAUUGGUUUGUGUCGUUGGUCUACGACAUGGAUGAUUAUGACAGCGACGAGGUCGAGCGCUCGGGGAUGCCAAGCGGCGAGUAUAUGGCCGCGGUUUGGGAGAAAGCGACCGUUGAUACGUUGGCUGCGUUCCGGGCGGGCUUGAUUAAGCGCUUUCCCAAAGCGCAUGCGAGGCGGUUAUUACUUAUUGACGGUAAGGGACAAGUCGUCUAA